GUGUCAAUAAGGAAUUCAGCUUUCAGUCGUAACAUUCCAGGUUGAAUGAUUUGCAGCCAGCAGUAAUUCAACCCUUUGGAGAAGGAUAGUAGCUGAAAUAUGAGCUUGAUGUGUCAACCAUAACUAUGGAGAAAGGCUUAAUUUGAACACUCUGAAUUCUCAAGACACUUUAGAAGUCUAAACGACAGGUUUCUUCUUAGGUCAAGGGACCACAAUGCUCUGCUUUCUUGCCUGCAUAUUUCUCCUUGUAAGGGACGUGCCAGGCAGGCCAACGGAAAAGACAGGUUCUACAGCACAGGGAGACGUGAAAGCACUUUUCCAGUUGGUUAAGCAGAAUAUUUGGGAGGAAAAUGUAAACCUUACGAGCCUGUCUUGUGAGGAGCUCCGUACCCAGACGUGGACCACUUUGCGCCUGAAAAAUAAAAAUCUGACUUCUUUCCCUGUGUGUCUACCCGAACUUCUGGAGCAUCUGGAUCUGAGCGUUAACCUCUUGCCAGAAUUCCAUAGCCAGGAGGUGGCUUACUUGCCCAUGCUGCAAAUCCUCUCUUUCAGUCAGAAUAAAAUCCAACAAGUGACUUGGGGGACUGGGAGCCUCGGUAGCCUCCAGUUCCUGGAUCUGAGUUUCAAUUUGCUGACAUUUGUGCCUGCAUGCAAUACCUCCUAUUUGGUAAACCUCAAGUGGUUUUCUCUGGCUGGAAAUCCUAUUAUUGAAAUCCAACCACUGGCUUUCUCCUGCUAUCCUCAGCUGCAUUUUCUGAAUCUGUCUUCUACAUGGUUAGGAAAGGAUGGCAAAGAGGGGAUUAAGGCAUCUGCCUUUGCCAAGAACUUACUGCAAGGAGACACCACAGGGAAGGUUGGAAGUGCUAUCAACGUGCUUGACCUGAGUGCAACCUUUCUGGAGAGUCUUUGCCAGGAUUGGAUCAAAGAUCUGCCCAGACUCUCAUCCCUCUAUCUAACACAGAUGAGCAGGCUGAGAAGCCUUGAUGCUGAUGUCUUCCUGUAUAUGCCCAAACUGAGAGAACUGGACUGCAGAGAUUCCCAUGCACUGAGUCAUGUGAAAACGGAGUUAUUCAUGCACAUGCCUCAUGUGGCUUUCCUCAUAUUCCAGAAUUGUAAUUUGAGCUCCUUUGGUCCAUGGAAUCUUAGCUCAUCAGAAAACCUCAUUAUCAGCCUCUAUGGAAACCCUUUGGUCUGUGAUUGCUCGAUUUCCUGGCUGUUCUCCAAGCCAGACAAAAUAGUUCUACAGAGGGCAUCAGAAACUAUAUGCUACAAAUCUCCAGAACCCAAAGGAGCAUCCUCAUCUGGCUCGAUGCUGCUGUCCAAGCUCUACAGUGAGUGCCAAGGGCAAAGAACUACCCAUUCAACCCCUCACUAUACUCAAGGUAAGCCUUACAGCACAUUUUCCAGCUUCACCAUGGACACACUUCUAGAUUCCAGUGCAUUUCCCCAAGAAUGGCACGGUAGUCCUUUUGCUCCACACAGCCCGGGCUUGACUUGGGGAGAUAUAUUGAUGCAAGGUCCAACCAAGGCAGAUGUUCUUGCAUACAAAGAUAAAACAGUUUAUAGAGCUACAGACAACUUGCCUACCUUAGCAGCUGUUACCACAACUUCUUCAACUAUUUUGGAAAAACUCUCUGCAGAGCAAACUCUAGUGAAAAUGACUGAAAUGGAUCAAAGGAAACACGAUACCACAGGAGUGAAUUCUAUCACCCGCAUGGAAGAAACAGUGUACUACUCCACUCAGCUCAGCCCUACCACUGAAACAACAGGUACAGAUUCUUCCCAAGAUCCCAAUGUUUUGUUGAUCCCACACAGUAUGGCAAGUUCCACUCAGACCACACCACCGCUGCAAAACCCCACCACUGCAACCUCUCUUCUGAAUCUUGCAACCACUAAUAGCAAUGCAGUGUUUUAUGAAGAUGAUUAUGACUAUGAUAAACAGCAAGAGGAAUCUGUGGCUCAGGGCCUUGGGCCUUGUGACUAUGACCCCUGCAGACAUCUUCAAAAGCCUUGCUUUGAUCUUCAGGAAUUAUCUUCUUGCCUGUGCCCAGGGAUAUCUGAUGAAUUCACCAUCCCAGAUCCACCAAGGCUUCAUGAGGUAUCUGAAAUCAGGGACACUUCUGCAGAAAUCCACUGGUGUGCUCCAUAUUCGGCUGUAAGAUUCUAUCAGCUUGCCUACCGCCCUAAAGGCAGCAAGAAGAAUUACACCGUUUCUGGAGAGAUUUAUGCCACGGCUAGGCGGUACACUCUGUACAAUCUCCUGCCUGGCUCAGCCUACCAGGUAUGCAUAAUUGCUUCAAACAAGGCAGGACUGAGCCAGACCACAGAUUGGAAUGAGCGCAAUGCUCCUUGUGGUACCUUUGCAACAAAGUCCAGCUACAAAUCUGUCUUUGCUGCCUUGUGUGCAACAAGUGGAUUCUUUCUUGUUACUACCAUCUUAUUGUCUGUAUGCCUAUGCAAAAAGUAUAAAACACCCCACAUUGAACAUUAUAAUACACACCUCGUGUCUUAUAAAAACCCUGCUUUUGAUUACUCCUUAAAAUAAGAAAUGUUAACUAGGUUGACAAGAAUUUUAAUCUUUUUGAUGGAAUUUAGUUUUUAUCUUUUUAAACAGGAACAGGGAAGAAAACAGUAUUUAAUACCUUCCUCUCCCUAUGGGUUUCCCUCCAUAAUUUAAUUUGUCAUUUCUAUAAUGGCAAUAAGUAAAUGGGAAACAUAGGCAACAGGAUAUUUCUUUGUUUUUAAAAGUGUUUAGUUUGCUCUAAAGUACUUAUUAAAGUUUUUUAAAUAUUGUGAUGGGAAAUUUAUUUUGGGGGAAAAGGUGGAACCAACACAGUAUCAGGGAUGUAUAGCCAUUAAUUUAAUCAGCUCUUUUGAAUAAGUGUGUUAGGUCAUUAAGUAUUUCCCUUUCUUUUAGCAUGAUGGUGAACAAUGUUACUCUAGAACAUAACAGGAAUUGACCCAGGCUCAAUUGCACAUGUCAGGUUUACUUCCAGACUAAGGCUGCAAUUCAAUACACCCUUACCUAGGAGUAAGUCCCAUUGAACCCAGUAGAGCUUACUUCUGAGUAUACAUGUAUUAGAUGGAGCUUAAGCUAUUGUAAUACACUCUAAAGAUAGUUCAGAAACUUCAAUUGGUUCAGAAGCAUAUGGCUGCUGGUUGGAUGCUUAUGGGACUCAAGCAACUGAAGAAUGUGACACCUGUCCUGUACCAGCUGGUUACCUAUCUAUGUUUCUGGGCCCAAUUUAUAUGGCAAGUAAUGACCUUAAAAGUCCUACACUGUUUGGGACCAGGUUAUUUAAAGGACUGGCUGCACCCACACGAACCUGCUCAGGCUUUGAUAUAGGUUUCAGAGGUCCUGUUCAGGGGCCCACCAUCAAGAUCUGUUGGACUGGCAAAUCUUGAGAGAGGGCCUUUUUGAUAGUGAAUUCUGAAAUUUCCUUUCAAGGGAAGUGUGUAUGGCCUCUACUCUACUGGCUUUUAAACAAGCCUUGAAAACUUGUUUUCUAAACUGCUUGUUACUAUGUGGCACUCCGACUGCUGUUGUUUUCAUGUCAUGAUGUUUCAAUGUUUUAGACUGAUGCUAGUUUUUUGUCUGAUGUUAUUGUAUUACAGUUUUAAUGUAAGCUGCCUUGAGAAACGUUUGCUCUGAAUGGCAGCAUCUACAUUCUUGAAGCAAAUAAAGAUAAGGGCAUAAUCCAUGCUUCUGCAAAUGGCAUGAGAAACAUCCUAAGACUGGAUGGAGUCUUUUCCCCUUUCUUCCCUUCCCUGCUGGCUUUACAGUGGGUGGGAGCCAAGAGGCACAGCCCUGGCUGGCUAUUCCUGCUAUUUGAGGUCCAUGUGCAUCUCCUAUGCACCUCCUAGAUCCAGAUGCGCUACUCUUCUCCAAGGCUUCAUACAGCCCCUGCAUGCUCUGAGCAGCUACACCAUAGGUCUCCCAUAGCAAGUAAUGGCUAGAGGCAUUGUUGUGUGCCCUCUCUAAUGUUAAUAUUUCAGACUUGAUGAGGAGAGAGUCAGCAAUAACUCUAACAGAGAAAUUGUCAUUUUCGAGUUGAAAGCAUAAGCACUAAAAGAAUCCUGAUUUUUUUACUCCCUAUUUUUAUAUUUCACAUCCUGAACCAUGCCUUCACCUAAUAAGAACAGAAAGAGGGCUGUCUGACUGGGUGCAGGAGGAGCCAAACUCAGUCUUCCAUUCCCCCAUCAGGUUAGUAUUGUUGACACUGAAUUAUGUUUACAGUAGCUAGGAUCGAAAGAGCUAAUUUAGGGGCACCCUAAGGCAGACCCCUCCCCACCCACUUCCAGUACCGUAUCACAAACAGCUUCUGAAAAUCCAGAAGAGGUUUGCUAUGGGGCAUAGUUGGGGGAGGCUGGUGUCUUGGAAACAUGAGCCUCAGCCCCCACCCGCAUGUAUAGAACUAGUUCUUCCAUUCCUUGGAUUCUCUAGCUCAGGGGUGCAUAACCUUUUUUGGGCCAUUGAUCUCUCUGCGAAUCUGAUGACAGCUAUGGACUCCUAUAAAGUUAUUUUAUUGCAUUGGAAUUUUUUUUAGCACCUGGUUCACAGGUCCCCUGAAAUCCAUGAACCACAGGUUAAGACCUCUGCUCUAGCUUAUUACCUGCUGUCUUUAGAGGGAAAGGAUAAGUUACAGAGAAAAUGAAAUAAAGUCCCCAAAUAAACAUAAUACAUCCCCACCUUCAUGCUUUUUGAGUAAGGGCUUCAGACAAAGGCUGCAAAUCUGAGCAUCCUGAUUAGAGGGCAAAAUCCUGUUGAAUUUAGUGGUAUUUUGUUCCAAAUAAACAUGCUUUGGCUUAGGCUGUAAGAACAGUUGGCAACUCCAGUACUAGCUUGAGACCAGAAUAUUUGGGUGCAACAGUUGAAAUUUCUGCCAUUUGUUACUUCUGCCUUGAAUGCCAGAGCUGGUAGAAAGGCAGGGUAUAGUUUAAAAAUAAAGAAAUCUAUGAUGACUUACAAAUAAAAGACAGUACUCUGAAUUUUUGCCACGCUACAUCUGUAGUAUUUAUAUUACAAAGCUUUGAAAGGAAUUCUUUCAUUUGCCCACCAGGCAAAGUAAACAUGUAUACAAAGGGUUGUUGCAAACUAGACUUUGGUUGAGGCAAUGUUAAAGUGAUCCUCUGUACCCUGUUUCUGUUGUUCAACUCAUGUACUAUGUUAAU